AUGAGUUUCUGUACAUUUGCAAGGUCAAGCUUUCUUUGUUUGGUCAUUCUCUUUCCUGUUGUCUAUGGAGAAGACAAUGCUCGAAGUUUGAACGACCGAGCUGCGCUUCUCUCUUUCAUGUCUGGUAUUGAUUCCGAUCCCGAGAAAGUUCUUGGGAGUUGGAGUUCUUCGGGUCUGCACAUCUGCAAUUGGACAGGUGUUACAUGUAACAGUGCGAGAGAUCAAGUUGUCAAGCUUGAUCUCGGUCGCCGAUCAUUGGAAGGGACUAUUUCUGUUGAGCUCUCGAAUUUGUCCUCCUUAUCAGUGCUUGAUUUAUCGGAAAAUUUCUUUCGUGGUUCGAUACCAGCUGAGCUUGGAGCACUUUCCAUGCUCACACAUCUGAACUUGACAUAUAAUGUUCUUGAAGGGAAUAUUCCUGCUGAAAUUGGUUUUCUGAGUCACUUAGAAUAUCUUGAUUUAUCAAGUAAUAGGCUUGUGGGUCAGAUUCCGGAGUCACUUUUCUGCAAUGGCUCCUCUUCAUUGAGUAAUAUAGAUCUGUCUGAAAAUUCUCUUACCGGAAAGAUCCCUUUGUGGAAUCACUGUAAGCUAAUUGGGUUGAAACGUCUUCAACUGUGGUCCAACUGGCUGGUGGGUCCGAUUCCUCAGGCCCUUGCAAACUCAACAAAGCUCAAAUGGCUUGAUGUAACAUCGAACUCUUUAAGUGGAGAGUUGCCGGCAGCAACUGUGGAUAAAACACCACAGUUGCAGUAUCUGUAUUUGUCCUACACCAACCUCAUUAGUCAAAACGGUAACACUGACCUUGAACCCUUCUUUGUUUCUCUUGUUAACUGCUCUAACCUUCAAACACUCGAAUUGGCGGGAAAUAAUCUGGGCGGACAGUUACCUUCUGUUAUUGGUAAUCUUUCUACUACUUUUGCAGUACUUCAUCUUGAAGAGAAUCUUCUUUCUGGUUCCAUUCCUCCAAGCAUCUCCAAUCUUGUGAACUUCACCUUCUUAAAUUUGUCUUCCAAUCUUUUUAACGGAUCGAUUCCACCUGAGUUAAGCCGAAUUGGAGGUCUGGAGAGGAUCUGUUUAUCGAACAACUCACUGACUGGUGAGAUCCCUUCAGCUUUAGGCAAUAUUUCCCACUUGGGUCUUCUAGAUUUAUCGAGAAACAAACUCCUGGGUUCAAUUCCAGAUAGUUUCUCAAAUCUUUCUCAGUUAAGAAGACUCAUGCUCUAUGAAAACAAUCUUUCAGGAACAAUACCACCAAGUCUAGGGAAAUGCACCAACCUAGAGAUUUUAGAUCUUUCUCAUAACAAAAUUUCUGGGAUGAUUCCAAUUGAAGUAGUUGCAGGAUGGAGUAGCUUGACGUUGUACUUGAAUUUAUCAAGCAAUCUCUUGCAAGGGCCGCUGCCAUUAGAGCUUAGUAAAAUGAACAUGAUUCUAGCCAUUGAUCUUUCAUCCAAUAACUUAUCUGGCGCAAUCCCACCUCAACUUGGGAGCUGCAUUGCACUAGAAUACCUCAACCUUUCAGGAAAUAGUCUGCAAGGCCCACUUCCACUCCCCAUUGGCAGAUUGUUUUAUCUUCGAGUGCUCGAUUUAUCAUCAAACCAUUUGGUUGGGGAAAUACCAGAAUCUCUACAGGCAUCUCCCACUCUCACAGAACUGAAUCUAUCUUUUAACAACUUCUCUGGGAGCAUAACAAAAGAUGGAGCAUUUGCAACACUAACGAUAGACUCCUUCCAAGGAAACUCAGGUCUCUGUGGGUCCAUCCCUGGAAUGACAACCUGUUGGAAGAAACGUAAACAUCACUUAGUAAUCUUGCAAAUUCUUCUCUUACUGUUUUUAACUCCUACACUGUGCUUCUUCGUGUACAGACUAAGGAACAAGUCAAAAAGAAGACACUUAGCAGCAAGUUUUGGGGCUGGGGAAUUAAGCAAAGAUGAACAAGAGAGAAAACAGCUAGAGUACCCUAGAAUUUCCUACCAACAACUCAUAGAAGCCACUAAUGGGUUCAAUUCCUCGAGCCUAAUUGGAUCAGGUAGGUUGGGGCACGUUUACAAGGGUACUCUCAAGGGAAAUAGAAGAAUUGCAGUGAAAGUCUUCGAUCCUGGGAUGGGUGUAGAGAUCUGUACAAGCUUCAAAAGAGAAUGCCAGGUACUAAAGAGGACUAGACACAGGAAUCUGAUUAGGGUUAUUACUGCUUGUAGCAGUCCUGAGUUUAAGGCUCUUGUUUUCCCAUUAAUGCCUAAUGGGAGUCUAGAGACCCAUCUCUACCCAAGCCACAGUUCAGGCCCUAAUCUGAGCUUGGCUCAGUUGGUGAGCAUAUGCAGCGAUGUAGCUGAAGGGGUUGCCUACUUGCACCACCAUUGUCCAGUUAGAGUUGUACACUGUGAUCUAAAGCCGAGCAACAUACUUCUGGAUGAAGACAUGACUGCUUUGGUAACUGACUUUGGGAUAGCGAGACUAGUGAAAGGUGGUGGUGAGGAUGAGGCUAUUACUCGCACAAUUGAUUCGUUGUCUACCAUGGACUCCACAGCCGGCCUGUUAUAUGGGUCGUUUGGUUAUAUUGCUCCGGAAUACGGAAUGGGAAAGCGUUCUUCAACAAAGGGAGAUAUUUAUAGUUUCGGUGUUCUAAUCCUAGAGAUUUUGACGGGUAAAAGACCAACAGAUGUGAUGUUUCACCAAGGUUCAAGCCUGCAUGAAUGGGUGAAGAGACGUUACUCGGAUGACCUUGAGCCCAUAAUGGAAGAAGCCCUCCUUAGGUUUGCGCCACCACCAACACCGAGAAAUCACAGCUCCAAUGCAUGGAAGCAAAUCAUCUUAGAGUUGAUUGAGCUUGGUUUGAUUUGUACACAGAACUCUCCUUCAAUGAGACCUUCCACGUUGGACGUGGCCCUUGAGAUUGAUCGGCUGAAACAGUACUUAGCAAACCCUACCACCCUAACACUUGAAGAUGUUUCUUGUUAAGUUGAUCAUGACUUUGGAGAAGAAAGCAGGCAAACUGGAUCCCCACCCACCUCGUAGGGUUUUGUAUCCUUGGUGUUUGGCACCAAGUAAUUUUACAGGAAAGCCAUUUUUUGGUAAAAUGUUGUCGCAACAAUUUGC